UUCACUUUUGAAAUACUCGUUGGAUGUCUUUGUCGAGUCCUAUAAUUCUUACUGAAAUAUGCUCAGGCCAGGUACUUUUUAUAGCCAUGUACCUUUUUUUCCACCAAAAUUGACAAAUUUCAAGUUAUAUGCUUCACGUUUCCGAGCAGAGAAAUAUACAGUCACAUUCGAUGAAGACUUGGAUGCAGAAAUGGAGCAACAAUCAGAAGGCAGCUUCACACCUUCGAAGUCUCAUCUCAGCCCUGCUAAUAACCAACUAUUCGAAGCAUUUCAACCAAUUACCGAUGCAAUUCCCUUCCCCAAAAGAAAAUUAGGCCAAAAUCCAGAAUGGGUCAAAGGGUCUGACGGUGAAAUUGCCGAUUUCGCUUACUCUGCGGGAUAUCUGCAUAAGGACAAUUUCGUUGCUCGUGCUGUCUACAACAACUCCUUAAUUCCUGGAAAGAUAUCUAGUGGACAAAAGGCUGUGUACAUUGGGGUAGGAACAAAGGAGGUUGCUGUGUCCAGUUAUGAGACGUUGGGAUCUUCUCCGAGCUAUCUCUGCUGGAUCUGGCCUGAGUUCUUACCAGCUUCCACUCCUGUCGAAGGCGGCCAUGACGAGAAUGGUAACCCAAUCCACGUUGGACGUACGGGCGAUCAAGAGAUUCUUGGAGCAUUUUAUCCAUCUCGUGGAGAAUUGGUGACCACUUCCAACGGUCACACAAACGUUGAAAGAAACCCAAAAAACAUCAACAUCCUUGUGUGGAGCUGGUCUGUCUUUCCGAACUGCGGCUGGUAAAUCAUCUAGUUUUUUCAUGGCUCGUUUCUGUCACAUAUUUUUUCAUGGAAUAAAAGUUUUGUCCAAUAUACACAAUAAAAUCACCUUGUUUCAAUAAACAA